AUGUCAGCUUUGAAAAUUAUUUCUGAAAUUUUAAACCAAGCAUAUGAAGAAAAUAGGCUAGAUCUUGCCUCGGUAGCUAAGAUGAUAAUCAGCAAUAAUUCAAAUAAAAGCCAAUUUUCUUUAGUAAAUAUUCGAAAAGGAGAAAGGAUCAUAGUUGGAUCAAUUAUAGAUGGAGAUACAAAGAUAUUUGGCAAUAUAACGUUUCCAGGAGGCACAAAUAAUAUUCCAAAGUCGACUAAAAAAGUUUUGCAUUUAAGUAUAAACGCUGGAACUACAAAUCCUGGGGCUGCUCCCAGUUUAACACAAAAAUUAGGAUCAAUGGGUUCUUAUGUAGCUAUCGACAAAAUUAAUGAGAGCCAUGACAUUUUAUCAAAUUUUCAAUUAGAAAUGUUUAAUUAUGAUUGCGGAGUUACCAUUUUUAAUGCUUCUUUUGGUAAAACAUGCUUUACAAAUGACAUUGAAAAAUUAGGAUUAUCUCAUCUUUCUGCUUAUGGAUCAGUCGUCACCAAAGGAACCAUGCAAAUUUUUAAUCAAUUAAAUAUAUCUCUUCCAGUUAUUGGCAGCUCAAAUGGAGACCCUUCUUUAAGCUCCUCCACAAAUUUUCCUAUGUACGUGAGAAUGAUUUCUUCAUUAUGGUAUAGCCAGUCUAUAGUUUGUUUAAAAGCAAUCGGCUGGACAAAAGCUUCAAUUUUAUACGAAAACAGUUCAUGAGGAGUUGCAGUGUACAGUUCUAUUAUAAAAGCUGCAGGAAAUCUUAAUCUUGAAAUUAUCAAUCCUGAAAACUUAAGAUUAAUUCCUCCAGGACUAAAUAGGACAGGACUAAGAAGCUAUAAACCUCAAAUUGAGGGUGUCGUCAAUUCUCAAACAAGGCUAUUAAUCAUGCUGAUCCAAUGCCCAGCAUGCAACUAUGUAGCCGAAUAUUUUUAUGAUUUAGGAUUGAGAAAAGGUGAUAUAAUUAUUUUUUGAACCACUCCUGACAUAAUUACUUAUUUUCCUGCAAAUGAUGAAGCCUUUCACAAACGAUAUGAAAUUGCAAAUUCAGCUUUUACUUUUACUUUUGAAAAUCUUGUUGGAAGUCUCGGACAAAAUGUGAGAUCUAGAAUAUUAGCAAAAUAUAAUACAGAGCCAAAUGCAUUUUCCUGCCAAUAUUUUGACUCAGUUUAUACAGUUUCUAAUGCAUUGGAUUAUAUGAUUAACAGAGGUCAAGACUACACAGACCCUGCUAAAUUAAUGGCAGCUAUACGAAAUGUGCAAUUUGGAGGAUGUACAAGGAAAGUUAGUAUAAAAGGAUUAUUAAAAGUCAGACAGUAAUUAUAUUGGCAACGCAGACAACGAAGAGUACCUUUCUUCAAAAACUAUAGGAUAACGACUAUUUCCCUGUGGCCUGGGCUGAAACCCCAGUUUCUUGGUAGAGGAAAGCUAGCGGGUCCAUGAAUUCUUAAGUAUUCUCGAGAAACUCUAUUUUAAACUUCAGAAAGGCAGCCAAAAACCUAUCCGGACGCAUAUCUUCUGGGGCUAAACUGGUUCUCGGCUGAAAAUCAAACACAAUCCGCUGGCUAUAAGGUCUGAUUUUUGCGCCAAGAGGGCAAGUUGACAUGUGUCUCAAUUUUAAUAUAUAUAUAGUAUAAAUAAAGGAAGCAAUGAUAGAAUAUUUGAUGUUUUUUAUAUGGAAGUAAUCAAAAUAAAUGAAGAUGGAAAUUCAACCACUUAUAAAACUGGAAAAUUUAAGCUUUAAGCUUAAUUAUGAUUAUCGAAAAGCUUCCAUUAGGCAUAAGGUCGAGCCGCUUUCACUUCCGUAACGCUCCACCGCUUUCUUGUCAAUUCCAGCACGGUCCCUCUCUAUGUUGCUCCUCACGGACGAGGGCUUGCAAUCACUACCCGUGAGUCAGAGGUUCUGAGUCAUCAUGCUGUACUCCAAUGUAGCUUGGCUUCCAGAAAUUUUGAAAAACGAAUUUCUGGUCGCUAUUGGCCAGCAUGAAAAUUCAUAGCCCAGGAGUAAACCUGGCUGCGUCGAGAGCAAUUCUGAUUAACCAGAAGGAACCUCACUGGUGCUGCUUGGAUACCCCUUUCCAACUCAGAAUUUCAUCUUCCUCCGAGGUAAAACCUUGACCUGGAUGUGAGCAUGCGGCCCAUUGAACUGGACAUUGUUCCCUCCCUUCCAUAAGUCACUGGAUCGCCCCAGCUACAGGUGCUAGGAGGGUGGUUUGGUUUGCUUGUCAUUUUAAUAUAUUAAAAAUUUUAGCCUUUUAGCACACAUUUAUGAACUGUUCUCACUCCAUUGAUAUAUGCAGAUGGGACAACAGUUAAACCAUCUGACUUAAGAAAUGAAAACGGGACAUGUCCUUUUCCAUCUAAAAAUGUAAGGACUUUUGAUAAAGGCAGAGCAAUUUUAUUUGCUGUUUGCUUUACAGUGGCUUUAAUUACUGCUGCAAUAACUUUUAUUAUAUGGAAAAAAUGAUGGAAUAUCAAUGUAGAAGAACUCAAAGAAAAACAAGAAAUUUCUCCGCCGGAUUUUAUUGUGGGAGCUACCAUUGUGGUCGAAUUUUUCCAGCUUGCUGCAAUGGGACCAGAUUUUUCUGUGAUAAGUCCAUUUUUGUUUACUGCUAGCAAUUUUUUAUCAUUGGAUUUGGGAAAUAUUAUUGAGAUGAAAAAUGGGAUAUUUUGGAUUGUUGUUGAUGGUGUCUUGACAGGCAUAUUGGUGUGAAUAAUUUUAUGUGUAGUUGUCCUAUUUAGACUUGAUGAAAAGUGAAAGAAUUUCGAAAUUUUUAGGUUUCUUGCGUGGACAGCUGAUUACUUAAUGCCAAUUUUGGGAAACCUGUGCUUUAUCCCGUUUAUUUCAAUAUGUUUGGAUAUCUUUUUGUGUGACCAAUCAAUAGGUGAUAACUUCACAGAUAGUUUUCUAACUAAAGAUUGCUAUGUUUUUUGCUGAAAAGGGUCUCAUUUAAUUUAUGCAAUUUUAUCAUGCUUAGCGUUAUUAUCCUUUUAUCUUUAAUGAAUCCUGAUCUUAUGAAUUUAAUUUUAAUAAUUAGCAAUCAGGGCAAAUUAAAAAUGAGAGUUAUUGAAAUAAAAUAAUAUAUCAUAUGAACCUCUUGCUGUUUUUUGCAGACCCCUUUGACAAGAAUUACAGCCCAUGCUUCAUGUUAAAGCAAUUCCGCUAUUUUUAAUGGUAAAAACAGUCAUUCAAACUGCGUUGAUUGUUUUAAAUAAAACUGUCAAAAGAUCCUCGGACCUUGGUCAUGGAAUUAUAUUUAUUUUUGUGAUGACAGUUUAUAUAUAUUUAUAUUCUCUCAAUCACAUUUAUCGUUCACUGCCAAAUAUCCACCUCAUACUAAUCUGUUCUUAUACCAUUUUCCUGCCUCCACCAAAUUAUGGCCAACUUGAGAAUAUUGGUGCAUGAUACCAUUUUUGAAGAUUUUGCUUUUAAAGCCCUUCUUUGACCUUAGGCAGCUCACUUGUUUAUUAAUAAAUUCUCAAGGAUAAAUCAAGCCUCAUAAUCAAAGUAAAAUAGAAAAUAAUUUUUGGUCAGGAAGCCUAAAAAUUGAGGAUGCCUUAUUUUUAUUAUAGAAGCUUAUAUAUCAUUUACACUUAAAGUCAAGCCUUAUAAUUAUGCAAGAUUCAGCUUAUGGCAGGCAUUAAGUUUAAUAGGAGUUGCAUGAUUAGCUAUUUUAUCUGUAAUUCAGAUAGAAAUCUCUGACCAUUAUUAUUCAACAAUAGCAAUUAUUUUUUUACCUAGUGGCUGGCUGUUUAUUGCUGCUUAG